AUGAGUCUUGUUAACGCGAAUAAUAUUGUGUUUAGAAAUAUUUACUGUGCACUUUGCAAUGGUAUUGAAAUUGACGAUAUCCAAUGCGACAUCACUACACGAAAUAUACGGAAAUAUAAUCCUGUAGAUAGAACGCUAGCAAUCACUAUUAUAGUCUAUCUCUGUAUACCCGACCUCCGUACUUUACCAGGUAAAUUACUCAUCAGUCUUUUAUCAGCCAUGCUUAUAGCUGAGCUUCUCCUAUUUAUCUCAUUACAAGUCGCUACUUCUACAGUGCUGUGUACAUCUUUAGGUAUAUUGAAACAUUAUUCUUUUGUAGCGACUUUCUUCUGGACAAAUGUUGUGUCCUACAAUGCCUGGUACACCUUCUCGGGAUUUAUACAACAUCGGAGUUCAGGGAAAGGUACCAAGAGACUUGUAUUGUAUUCCUUGUAUGCUUGGAUCUGUCCACUUGUAAUUGUACUAGUAUCACUGAUAUUUGAGUACACACCUGGAAAUCAUGGACUUUCUCCAGAAUAUGGUAAACGUACAUGCUGGAUUUCAAACAGAAAAAGCCUGCGGUGGCUAUUUUCAGUCCCAGUAAUAAUCAUCUUAUGCUUAAAUAUCAUUGCAUUUAUCCUCGUUGCUAGAGGGUUAUAUAUGGCUAACAAACUUUCUGCGAAAUAUUUAUCAAAACAUAAUAAAUUGGAGUUCAUUGUUUGCAUAAAACUAUUCUUUCUUAUGGGAUUUACAUGGACAUUUCAAUUCCUGUAUGCCAUUACAGAAAUUGAAGAAUUUUCUCUAAUAUUUUAUAUUUUAAAUUCCUUUAUUGGGGUAUUUAUUAGUUUAUCAUUUCUGAUAACAAAGACCGUCUGCCGCCAUAUAACUAAAAGAUUUCGUCCAAUCUCAAAAUACCAUCCAAACAAAUCGAAUGCGAUAUCUUUAAAUUCUCACAGAACUGUAUCGACACAAAUACCAACAAAACUUACGUUUGAAUAAGGACAACUGUUGUUCGGUGAACGAAACGAAUAUUUUUGUUCUACAUAGGAUCCAAAGAAAAUAACUACUGCCUUCAUAAUGGGACAAUAUGAUGACUAUAUGUACAUUAAUAACAAUAUUUCAUGAUAUAAUCGUACUGUGUGUACAAAGUAA